AUGGCUCAAGACGAAAGUCUACAUCAGAUACCUUCAGAGCAUAAAACAGCAAUAAACAUUUUAACUUCAGUAGAAGCAGAAGAUAAAGAUUCUUCAUCAGAAGAAACUCUUGCAGAGACGGCACCUAUAGAAGAUGCCAAAAAUGGCAAACCAAAUUAUGAAAUGAGUAAAACUAAAGUUUUACUGGUUUUUAUUGGUCUUUCAUUGGCUAUCUUUCUGGCGGCUUUAGACCAAACUAUAGUUGCCACAGCUUUACCAGCCAUAGCAUUAGAAUUUAAAUCACUUGAUGAAGUCGCGUGGAUUGGAACGGCUUAUUUACUUGCUGCG